CGAUGAUGGUUCAGACCACGAUUCCCCAAUCCCCCUCAUCUUCACACAUCCCCACCAUCGGCAACACUGGUCUUGCCAGGGCUGUAGGGGUGGCCGGGACUCCAAUGGUGUCCCAGCAGACUCCAUUCCCCUUUGGAUGUGGGACCUUCGCUUGCCCUGGGGUUUUGAUGGAGCCUCAGCACCCUGCAACAUCUUUUGGCCAGGGGAUGGUCACCUACAACCCUAAGACUUCAACGAUGCUGCAGCAAGCUUCGGCCUCCUUUGGUCCAGAGCUCUUCACUCCCAACCUACUGUUACAAAAUCCAUCUACAUCGUUCCCUGUGGGGUUCCAUGAGCAGACAGGCUCUUUGAUACCGCCCUCACAAAUCUUGGUGAUCCCUCUGCACCGAGUUUCCCCGAUGCUUCUGGUUUGUGUACUGGGCCAUCUGCCCCCUCUGCCUCCCAUUCGAACUGGACCCUCAAUCACGGUCAAUCUUGGUUAUGAGGCACUGUUGUUAUUCGUUGUAGUUAUACUCCAUUCCUCAUUUCUCAACGUACUCUUCAUAAUCAUUUUGCACAUGCUAAUUUCUUAACGUACUCUUCGCAUGUCUUGCAUCCUAAUUUCUUCACAUACUCUUCACAAACCACAUUGCAUGAUUGUAUAUACCCGCUCAUUUUGCAUAACUUGUAU